AUGACAAACAAGGUGCUGGCCGCGGUGCAGGAUCUGCAGAAGCAGCACGGGGACGCUGGCCCGACGGGUGCGGGAGCGUCCGGUGGUGGCGGCGGCACUCCGUCGUCGGAAACGGCCCGCACCAACCUGAUCGUAAACUAUCUGCCACAGACGAUGACGGAGGAGGAGAUACGGUCGCUGUUCUCCAGCGUCGGCGAGGUCGAAAGCGUGAAGCUGGUGCGCGAUAAGAACGUCAUUUACCCGGGCCAGCCGAAGGGUCAGAGCCUCGGUUACGGCUUCGUCAACUACCACCGGCCGCAGGACGCGGAGCAGGCGGUCAACGUGCUGAACGGGCUGCGGUUACAGAACAAGGUGCUGAAGGUGUCGUUCGCGCGGCCCAGCUCCGAGGGCAUCAAGGGUGCGAACCUGUACAUCUCGGGCCUCCCGAAGACGAUCACACAGGAGGAGCUGGAAACGAUCUUCCGGCCGUACGGUGAGAUCAUCACCUCGCGGGUGCUCAUCCAGGAGGGCAACGAUAAGCCGAAGGGCGUCGGCUUCAUUCGGUUCGACCAGCGCAAGGAAGCGGAACGGGCCAUCCAGGUGCUCAACGGGACCACCCCGAAGGGCCUCACCGAUCCGAUCACGGUCAAGUUCUCGAACACGCCGGGCCAGAAUGCGGCCGCGAAGGUGGUGCAGCCGGCGCUGCCCGCGUUCCUUAACCCGCAGCUGACGCGGCGCCUUGGCGCUAUCCACCACCCGAUCAACAAGGGUCUGGCGCGGUUUUCGCCGAUGGGCGGCGAGGUGCUGGACAUGAUGCUGCCGGCCGCACCGACCAACGGUAUCAACGUGGCCCCGUCCGGCGGCUGGAGCAUAUUCAUCUACAACCUCGCCCCGGAGACGGAGGAGAACACGCUCUGGCAGCUGUUCGGCCCGUUCGGGGCGGUGCAAAACGUGAAGGUGAUCAAGGACGCCGCUACCAACCAGUGCAAGGGCUACGGGUUCGUCACGAUGACCAACUACGAGGAGGCGAUGCUGGCCAUCCGCUCCCUCAACGGCUACACGCUCGGGCAGCGCGUCCUGCAAGUCAGCUUCAAGACCAACAAAUCGAAGUAA